AUGCCCAAGGUGCCGGACGAGAUGCAGCUCUUGGUCGACAAGCACGUCCGCUACAUCCAGAGCCUCGACACACGCAAAGACGAGCUCGAGUACUGGCUCACUGAGCACCUGCGCCUCAACGGCUUGUACUGGGGGUUGACGGCGCUGCAUCUGCUACGACAUGCCGAUGCUCUCCCGCGCAAAGAGUUACUCGACUUCGUCUUCUCGUGUCUGCACGAGAGCGGCGGCUUUGGUGCUGCCCCGGGCCACGAUGCCCACAUGUUGUACACCGUCAGUGGAGUGCAACUAUUAGCCACGCUCGACGCUUUCGACGACCUUGAAGCCCGCGUCCAGGGCGGCCGCCAGAAGAUCGGAAAGUUUAUCGCUGGCUUGCAGGACCCCCAAACAGGCACGUUUGCAGGUGAUGAGUGGGGGGAGCAAGACACGCGCUUCCUAUAUGGAGCGCUAAACGCCCUGUCGCUCAUGGGGCUUCUCCACCUGGUCGACGUUGACAAAGCCGUUCAACACGUCCACGCCUGCGCUAACUUUGACGGUGGAUAUGGCACCAGCCCUGGCGCUGAAUCCCACUCAGGUCAGGUGUUCACGUGUCUCGGAGCACUGACCAUCGCGGGAAGGCUCGAUCUGGUGGACCAAGAGAAGCUGGGCGCCUGGCUUAGCGAACGUCAACUCAAGAAUGGUGGCUUGAACGGGCGGCCAGAGAAGAAGGAAGACGUCUGCUACAGCUGGUGGGUCAUGAGCAGCAUGGCCAUGCUGGACAGGCUGCAUUGGAUAGAUGGCGACAAGUUGACGAGCUUCAUCCUACAGUGCCAGGACCCGGAGCUGGGUGGACUUGCAGACCGACCAGGAGAUAUGGUCGAUGUCUUCCAUACUGUCUUCGGGAUUGCUGGUCUGAGUCUUCUGAAAUACCCAGGUCUAGACGAGGUAGAUCCAGUCUAUUGCAUGCCACGGUCUGUGACGCGCAGGUGCUUGGGUAAGUGA